AUGCCAUCUUGCAGCGACUGUUGCGCGUUCGUACUGGCGAUACCGGUGGGCUUACUAUGGAUAGUACUGAGCCUCGGCGUCCUCCUUCCGAUCGUUUUAGCAAUCCUAAUCGUCUCUCUGGUUUUUACGCUCGUCGGGUUAUUCCUAUCCUGCAUCUGCGUCGAGGGCGUCGCGAAGGGUUUUAUGUAUGUUAGCGAUUUUCUUGACAAGGUUGCAUGGAAACUCUACGACUUGACUGUAUGUGGACAGGCUUGUAACGAUGAAUCGAACAACCGAAAUGCUCGUGCACAGCGGACUUCCUCGCAGGAGUCAAGAAAUCGGAAUGCAGUAACUCCGCGGUCCACUCAAAGACCGACAGAAAAUCGCAGCAACAGCACGACGAGACAGCAGAGAAGUGUUCCUUCAGCAAAUAAUACACCUGUGGCUCCGCGACCUGCACCGACGACGAAUCGUACCCCAGCACAAACAUCCGCACCUACACCAACAAAUGAGUAUCGCGCAGCGACAAUUACUCCUGCUAGUAAGGAGAAUGUCGUCAUCGACAUGCCGCCGCUGACGGCGCCGUCAGCACCACCAGUGCCGUUAGCUACUCCGCCGCCUGCUAUCACAGUUGGAAUCUCGCAUAAUGGAUUCACGUACGGAGACUUGGUGAAGGCGACGGGCAAAUUCUCUGACGAAAAUUUCCUCGGCGAGGGCGGCAUGGCGUCUGUGCAUAAGGGCACUCUAGCAGACGGCAGAGAAGUCGCGGUCAAGCAAUUGAAGAUCCCCGAUAGCAAGUGGGGGGAGCGCGAAUUCGCGGCGGAGGUCAGCGUCCUCGGCCGCGUAAAUCAUCGCCACCUGGUGCAGUUGAUCGGAUGCUACACCACCAAGGGAAAGAGAGCACUUGUUUGUGAGUAUGUUCCGAAUAAGACGCUGGAGUUCCAUUUGCAUGGGGAAAAUCAACAUGUCCUGGAUUGGCCUACAAGGCUAAAAAUAUCUCUUGGAGCUGCAAGAGGGCUUGCUUAUUUGCACGAGGAGUGCCAGCCCAGGAUUGUUCAUCGGGAUAUUAAAGCAGCCAAUAUUCUUAUAGAUAAUUCAUUUGAUGCCAAGGUAGCUGAUUUUGGGCUUGCAAAAUUUCUUCCAGCGGGUGACACCCAUAUUUAUGCAACAUACAUAUUGGGAACCCAUGGGUUGCCGCUCGCAGAAGCAUUGCUCGACGAUGGCAACUACGAUGCGCUUGUCGAUCCGAGGCUGGAGAACAACUACGAUCGCGGCGAGAUGCGGCGGAUGGUCGCAUGUGCGUCUGCUUGCGUGCGAUGGUCGCCACAAUAUCGGCCACCUAUGACUCAAGUUGUCCUAGUUUUAGGAGGGUUGGCAUCUCCAGAUACUCUCAGGCACGAAGAUCGAGAAGCUUAA